CAACGGUUGCCCUGCCAACCAAAUCGAUAUCCGGAAGACCACCAGGCGGCCGGAUCGUAUGCGGAACACAUAUUUGGACAGGAGCCAAUAUAUCUUGUCAAUGUGAGUAUAUAAUAGAGACUGGAAAAAAAGAAGUCACCUUCAUGUGUUCCGUGAUCUCGUGUAAAUAAUGGCGAACCGAGUUGUCGGCAAUGCGUCGGUGAAUACGCCUAAGCAAUUGUACAAAUAUUUAUUACGCGAAUGCGAAAAGCUGCCAAAACACACGCAACAGUUUUACAAGCACUCUGUCAAACAAAGCUUCAAGCAACACGUCUUGGAGUCUGACGAGGAACGUGUGCAACAGAUUAUGGAACGGGCAUUGGUAGAUGCUAAGUGGGUGAUACAAAAGUACAAUCAACCAGGUAGCAGUUCAACGCCAAAAUGAUAAAUUAACAUACAUUGCAAUAUACAUAUUAGUAUUAAGUAGAAAAAUGGACUUUG